CAAGUCUGUAAUGUCAUGUCUUCCAAUCAAAACAAUUGGCUGCAGACGGGAUGGAUUACUCGACGGAAUGGACAGAGAAUCUUCAUUGAAUUGAAGUUCACUUUGAGAGACUGCAACAGCAUCCCAGGCGUGGUUGGGACAUGCAAAGAGACAUUCAAUCUAUACUAUAUUGAGUCAGACAAUGACAUUGGCAGAAACAUUAUGGAGAGCAAGUACGUGAAAAUUGACACCAUAGCAGCGGAUGAGAGCUUCACACAAGGAGACCUUGGUGAGCGCAAAAUGAAACUUAACACCGAAGUUCGCGAGAUUGAGCACCUUGUCAGGAAAGGAUUUCAUCUCGGGUUCCAGGACGUAGGAGCUUGUGUGGCUCUUGUUUCAGUGAGAGUUUAUUACAAAACUUGUCUUUCCACAGUGCAAAGUUUGGCAGUCUUUCCAGACACUGUGGCAGAAGCUGCCUUUUCGACCCUGGUUGAAGUGCGGGGAUCAUGUAUCAAUGACUCUGAAGCAGAAAUGGAUAACCCUCCAAGGAUGCACUGCAGUGCAGAAGGUGACUGGCUGGUACCGAUUGGGAAAUGUACUUGCAGUGCUGGGUAUCAGGAGAAAGCUGGCAGGUGUGAAGCGUGUCCACCGGGGUCCUUUAAGUCGUCGGCUCAAGAAACUGAAUGCUCCUGGUGCCCUGAGCAUAGUUACACCGAAGAAGCAGGAUCUGUCCAGUGCUACUGUAAGGAUGACCACUACAAGCUGUCUUCGGAUCCUGCGUCAGCCCCUUGCACCAAGCCUCCUUCUGCUCCCCGAGCCCUGGGUUACAGCACCAGGCAGUCAGCAGUGCGCCUUGACUGGAACCCCCCUGAAGACAGUGGGGGUCGGACGGACGUCACAUACAACGUUCUGUGCAGUGUGUGUACACUGUCACCGCAGCCAUGUGAGCCAUGCGACAGUCGAGUUGGGUAUCUACCCCAGCAGCUGGGAUUGGCCGACACUGCCGUCACUGUGGUUAACCUGAUGCCCUACGUCAACUACACAUUCAGAGUGGAAGCUGUGAAUGGAGUGUCCAGCUUGAGCCGGUCUCCACGGAGAUAUGUGGAGAUCACCCUGAUCAUUAGCCAAGGUGGAAACUUGCAAGUGGCUGAUAUCAGGGCAGAACGUGUUGAACGGAAGAGUAUCACCUUGGCAUGGCAGGAGCCAGACUACCCCAGCAGCAAUGGCACGGAGUACGAGAUCAAGUUUUAUGAAAAGGAAAAGAGAUGUAGAACGUAGAACAUAGAACACUACAGCACAUUACUCGACUUGUAAAAAACCGCAUCAACAACUGUGACCAUUAAUAACCUGAAGCCUGGAACACUCUACAUAUUCCAAGUCCGAGCUUUCUCAUCCACUGACUAUGGGAACUACAGCCCCAGUAUUGAGGUGCAGACAUUAGGGGAGCUUGCCAUGGUAUCCAGUGAGCAAAAUCCAGUGAUUGUCAUUGCUGUGGUUUCAGUGGCCGGUCUGAUCGUCCUGGUGUCGAUGGUCUUUGGAUUCAUCAUUUGGCGAAGGCAUUGUGGGUACAGCAAGGCCAGUCAAGAUGGAGACGAGGAACUUUAUUUCCACUUUAAGAUCCCAAGUCGAAGAACCUACAUUGAUCCAGACACCUGUGAAGACCCUGUACAAGCAGUGCAUCUUUUUGCCAAAGAACUGGACCUUUCCUGUAUCAAAAUUGAGAGAGUUAUUGGAGGAGGGGAAUUUGGGGAAGUUUGCAGAGGAUGUCUCAAGCUCCCCAGUAAGAGGGAGCUCCCAGUAGCCAUCAAAACACUGAAAGUUGGGUGCUCCGAAAAACAGAAGCGCACCUUCCUGACAGAAGCGAGUAUCAUGGGACAAUUUGACCACUCAAACGUCAUUCGUCUCGAAGGAGUGAUUACAAGAGGUAAACCCAUGAUGAUUGUAAUUGAAUACAUGGGAAACGCAGUGUUGGAUUCCUUCCUGAGGAAGCACGAAGGCCAGUUCACAGUUGUUCAGCUGAUCGGGAUGCUGUGUGGAAUAGCUUCUGGGAUGAAGUACCUCUCCGAAAUGGGCUACAUUCACAAGAUGUUGGCGGCCCACAAAAUCCUGGUCAACAGCAACCUGGUGUGCAAAGUGUCAGGCUUCAGACAGGCACAUGAAGAGAAGGUAGACUCUGUGUUCACCACCAUGGGCGGGAAGACCUUGGUCCUGUGGGGAGCCCCAGAAGCUAUCCAGUACCACAGAUACAGCCCAGCCAGUGAUGUGUGGAGCUUUGGGAUUGUCAUGUGGGAGGUGAUGUCCUACGGAGAACGACCUUACUGGGACAUGUCCAAUCAAGACGUGAUCAAAGCAGUGGAGGAAGGAUUCCGUCUCUCUGCUCCCAUGAACUGCCCUUCUCGGCUGCACCAGCUCAUGCUGGAGUGCUGGCAGAAGGACCGCAAUGACAGGCCCAAGUUUGCACAGAUCCUCAGCAUCCUAAACAAGAUGGGGCGCAAUCCUGACACCCUGAAAACCAUUCCCAAUGGCUGCGUCAGCAGACCUCAAAACUUGCAUAUUCCUCUCAUGGACCAAAACUUCCCAGCAUUUCCAUGCUUUGACUCGGUGGGAGAGUGGCUGGAUGCCAUUGAGAUGAGCAGGUACAAGGACAACUUCACCGCUGCUGGAUACUGUUACCUGGAGUCGGUUGCAAGAAUGACAGUGCAAGAUGUAAUGAGCCUGGGGAUUACAUGUGUUGAACAUCAGAAACAAAUCCUGAGCAGCAUUCAGACUCUACGAGCACAGGUUAUACAAAUGCACGGUCGGGGCGUUCAGGUUUGA